AUGCUCAAAGUUAUCGCUCUGCUGGCGCUUGUCAGCGUAUCUGUUGCACUUCUUGGAACAACUCAAUCUUCUGGAGUGCGUGGAACUCUUAUGUGUGGCAAUGAGCCUGCAAAGGGAGUGAAAGUCAAACUUUUUGAUGACGACAGAGGAAUCGAUGCUGAUGAUCUGAUGGCUUCUGGCAAAACUGAUAGUCAAGGACAUUUUGAGAUCAGUGGACAUACCGAUGAAGUUACCAGCAUUGACCCUAAGCUCAACAUCUAUCACGACUGUCAAGACGGGAUUAAGCCCUGCCAACGUAAAUUCACAAUCAAGCUUCCUGAUCGCUACAUCACCAAGGGCAAGGUCCCCAAGAACAUUUACGAAGCUGGAACCAUUCAACUUGCUGGAGUAUACCCAGGAGAAUCUCGAGACUGCGUUAACUAG